CAUUUGUUAUUGUCAGGCCUAAUUGAAAAAUAGCAAACGAAAACUUUUUCUGACGCUGAGUAACACAAAACCACAUUACUGAUUUGAUAACAUUUGCUUUUGUAGCAGUUAAUAAAAGCGUAAACUUAGAAAUGCUUUGUUUUUGAUUGAAGUUAUAAAGUGUCUUCAACGUUUGAGUUGCUUGAGGGGAUUUGAUUUAGUAGUUUUUACAAACUAUAAACUCUUCAUUCGAACUUGGGUAUGAAUAACUGAUGGGUUGUGCAAAUGGAGAGAGCCUUUUCAGCUGAAGAAAGUGUGGGAACAUCCGGAGGACAGACUAAGAACUCCAGUAUCGAAAUUUUGGACACGCCCGCCAAGAGUGACGUGGUUGGAGGUAGUCAGGUCGGAUCUGGUCUGGGACUGGGGCUGCAGGAGGAAUUGCCCCAGGAUUACAAGACGUGGUGGAGACAACAUAAACACAACCCCAUCAGUCGGAAGGAGGCAUUCGACGCAUAUCAGCAGUACCUGGACGAAACAAACAAGCCAAAAUGUAUCAGUUUGAAAAGUGGGCAACACCUGAGACGACCGAACAACAUCACUUCAAUCCAGAGCAAAUUCGCCCUCAAAUACAGACUCCUUUCUUUCUACGAAACAAGAGACAUUAUCGAAGAAGUCAAGUCAGUCAAACAAACAGACGAGAAACAAACUCCUGAAAAUUUACAGUUUGACCCUAAGUCAGAUUAUAUAGUUCAAUCUGCUCACAAAUCGGAAGAGCUGUUAGCAGAAAACAAUGGAACAGAUGUGUCUGAAAUAUCACUUGAGGUGGAGAUAAACCCUUUUGCAGCCCUAGUUGAAAACAGGGAAGUGUUGAUGCCUCUCCCCUCGAAUGGAGAACUGUCCACUGAGAAUAGCAAAAUAUACAAGGACAACGUGAACAACCACACUCCAACAACAUCUAUAACGACUGUGACCAGUGGCUUCGGCUCUGGUGCCAGACUGUCCAUCCAGGGCCAUAGUACUCCCCAGAUCAGAGAGGAUCCCCAAUCAAACCACAUUAGCCCAGAGGCAGACAUGGUGGCAUCUCUGAGCCAGCUAGACACAGACAAGAUCUGGGACAUCUGGGUUCCCCCAGAUGACUACUUCAAGCCCUGUUCCAAAGUGGUGUCCCUGUCGGGUGGUGGUGAAGGGGGAGUGGUGAACUGCAGAUGGUGUGGGGGCACGGGCACCAAACAAUGCAGAGUGUGUAAGCGGAAGAGCAAAAAGUGGAACUCGUGUGGCAACUGCAACGCAAAUGGGUCCGUGAGUACACAACAGUAUUACAAUGGGGUGGACUAUGACAACACAUGGAACAAUGACAUCCCCAUCAUGAGUGGGAAGAUCCAGGUGAAGUGUGAGGAGUGCAAGGGCAUCGGGCUAUCACACGAUCCUUACAAGUGCAGACAGUGUCAGGGCAGGGGUGCUGUGCAGUGCACCAGGUGUGCAGGGGAAGGCAGGGUGGGGGUGGAGCGGAGUGUGCAUGUGCAGUAUAAUAACCACUCCUCAUGGGCCAUAGCCAACGACACACCCAUUCCACACAGGUUCCUACAACAGUUGUGCGGAGUGGUGAUUUGGGAGGAGGAGACAGACCAGGCCACAGACUCUCCCAACCUGGACAAACUCAUGGACGGCAAGAGCCUCACUCUCCGUGCCAGACACCAUCACAAACUCACACAGUCCCAGAGAGGGCGCAUUCUGCAGCAGCGGCAGUGUGUGAGUGUGAUUCCUAUUUAUGAGGUCAGCUACCGGGUCUCCUCCUUCUGGACCAACUCCUUCUUUGUCUGUGGUCUGGACCGCAAAGUGUGUGUCAGUGAAACAGUCUCCUCCUGCUGCAACGUCCUCUGAUCAAACUCCAUUUUAGUCUCGUUUCAACAACAAUCAAAACCCUACAACCCCCCCCCCCCCACACACACACACACACUUA